AUGCUUAUCCCCAGCACCCUGGCCUUUGCAUCUGGGGCGCUGGCCUCGUGCUGGCGCAAUACGACCUGUACAGGCCCUACAGCGGCAGCCUUCUCUGGACCCUGGGACGAGAACAACUUUGCGCCUGCAUCACGGACUGUGCAGCCCAAGUCCAUCCUCUCUCUUCCGGCCGGCGAAUCCAUCUCUGAUUAUCCGUCCAAUACCAUACCCUCUAUCAAUAGCAGCGAUGAAGGCCUCGUCUUUGACUUUGGCAUCGAGGUCGGCGGAAUUGUCACAAUCGACUAUGUCCUCUCCGCAGCGAAUACAACCCUCGGCCUCGCAUUCACCGAAGCAAAGGACUUUAUCGGUCGAAAGUCUGACAACUCCAACGGCGGCUCCGGGGCUGAUCUUGCCUUACUCACAACUCUCUCCGAAACUGAAGGCUCCUACACAAUGCCCGACGCCAAACUCCGCGGCGGCUUCCGAUAUCUAACCGUCUUCCUCGACUCGGAUGCAGACGCAACUCUCGAAAUCAAAGACAUUACCCUGGAACUCGCCUUUCAACCCACCUGGUCGAACCUCCGCGCCUACCAGGGCUACUUCCACUCUUCGGAUACUCUACUCAACAAAAUCUGGUACGCAGGCGCCUACACACUCCAGACAAACUCCGUCCCCGGAAACACCUGCCGCGUCAACCCAAGCUCCUCAACAGGCUGGAAUAAUAAUGCCUACUGCGGUCCGGGAGACAGCCUCCUCCUCGACGGCGCAAAGCGCGACCGGUGGGUCUGGAUCGGCGACAUGGGUGUCGCCGUGCCCUCUGCCUCUGUAAGCACGGGGGAUCUUGAGAGUACGAAGAAUGCACUGCUGGCGAUUUGGAAUUACCAGACGUCGAGCGGACUGUUACCCAAGGCGGGCCCGCCGUAUCUAAAGGCCGAUAGCGAUACGUAUCACCUGUGGACGAUUAUCGGGACGUACAACUAUUUUCUGUUUAGUGGGGAUACGGAGUUUCUGCUCGACUUGUGGCCAAAGUAUACAAGGGCCCUCAGCUAUAGCCUUGGGAAGAUCACGAGUGAUGGGCUGCUCAAUGCGACGCAGACGGCGGAUUGGGGGAGGUGGAAUUAUGGGACUGUGGCUGCUUCGGCGAAUAUGCUCCUCUACCGCGCCCUGACAACAGCCGCCUUCCUGGCUCCCUUCGCCUCCGACGAUACCGACUACACCUCGCUCGCCUCGGGCCUCCGCACCGCAAUAACAACGCACCUCUACGAUUCGUCAGUCGGUGCCCUGCGCGACUCCCCCAACGCAACCCUCUACCCGCAAGACGCAAACAGCAUGGCGCUCGCCUACACCCUGUUCGAACCCGGGAGUGCCGAAUCCGAAGCGAUAGGCACCUACCUCGAAUCAAACUGGACGCCCACCGGUCCCGAGGUCCCCGAACUACCGAACAACAUCUCCCCGUUUAUCUCGUCGAUUGAACUCGAGGGCCAUUUUGCCGCCGGACACCCGGAGCGCGCUAUCGAGUUGAUCCGCCGGCUUUGGGGGUGGUAUCUCAACCAUCCGAAUGGGACCGAGUCGACCGUCCCCGAGGGGUUCCUUGUUGAUGGGAGGUGGACGUAUCGCGGGGAUAGAGGGUACAGGAAUGAUCCGCGGUACAUGUCGCAUGCGCAUGGGUGGAGUUCGGGGCCGACGAGUGCGUUGACCGAGUAUGCGGUGGGAUUGAGGAUUACGGAGCCGCGGGGUGCGGAGUGGAGGUUGAACCCGGCGUCUUUCAAGGUGGAUGGGUUGGGGAGUGCGAGUGCGGGGUUCACCACUGAGCUUGGCAAAUUUAGUGCGGCGUUUGAGGUUAAGAAGAACUUGAAGAGGGCCAAGGUUUAUUGGAAUACGCCCAAUGGGACCAAGGGCUGGGUGGAGGUUCCGGGGGCGAAGGGGCGGUGGGUGAAGGGGGGUGAGGGGAGUCUUACUGUUUCUCUGAAGUAA